AUGGUGUCCAAAAGCCAGCCAGGACUGGAGAAGGAGGAAGCUACCAAAAGAACUAUCCCCAAAAGGAUAAUCUACUUUGCAAAUGGCGACACUAUGGAAGAACAUAGCACAGAAGAAGAAGAAGAAGAAGAGAAAGAAGAAUUCAAGAAUACUCCAGCACUUGAUAUUUCUAAACUUCCAUGGGGGCCCUACCUACGAUUUUGGGCAGUACAAAUAGUGAGUGCUUCAUUUUCCACAUGUGAAUUCCUAGGUGGGAAAUUAGCCACUUUCUUUGGACUUGACGAGCCCAAAUAUCAGUAUUUGUUAAAUGAAUACUACAGAACCUCAAAUCAGGAGAAUGAUGAGCAAGUUGAAGAAGAUGACUCAAAGGCCCUGUCAACAGAGGUCUCGGAGGAAAAGCAGCACUUAGAUAUUAAUGGCAAACAGUAUGGCACCAAUGAACAGAAGACUACAGUGGACUUUACUCCCCAGGAAACCUUAACAAAUGUGGGAAAAUUGACAGAAUCCAGUCCAUGA